AUAAACAUGGCGAUCAUUUGAUACCAGAGUCGUCCUCCGGUCUAGGCGAACCGCGAAUCUCGCUGCCGUCGCUGCUGCUGACGAUCGCGCAGGGCUAGUAUAUUAUCGUUUUAUCUCUCUCUCUCUCUCUCUCACUCUCACUCUCUCGCGUAUACGCCCGAACGAGCGCGCAUCGGCAAAAAUAUCUCGCACGCGCCGCGCGAGCGUGUGUCGGCCGACGUUAGGAACGGAGGCAGAGUGCGGCAAUACCGAAAGGACACCUCGCGAGUGUCAAGAUGGCCCGGGAAUAUGAUCACUUAUUCAAGCUGCUCAUCAUUGGCGACAGCGGUGUAGGUAAAAGCUCAUUGCUUCUGAGAUUCGCCGACAAUACUUUCAAUGGCAGUUAUAUAACAACGAUAGGGGUGGACUUUAAGAUACAAACUGUGGAGGUGGACGGUGAGAGGGUAAAGCUGCAAAUUUGGGAUACGGCUGGACAAGAACGUUUCCGGACAAUAACUUCAACUUACUACAGGGGAACGCACGGCGUCAUAGUUGUGUACGAUGUGACCAGCGGUGAUACGUUUGCGAACGUUAAGCGAUGGUUGCACGAAAUCGAACAGAAUUGUGAUGUGGUUAACAGGGUACUCGUAGGGAAUAAGAACGAUGCACCUAAUCAGAAGGUAGUGUUAACGGAGGACGCACAAAGAUUCGCUAAUCAGAUGGGGAUACAAUUGUUUGAGACUUCCGCGAAGGACAACAUCAAUGUCGAGGAGAUGUUCAUGGCGAUAACGCGGCAAGUAUUACGGACCAAAAAGGAGAGCAAGGAGCGGCAAGCCAUACAGCCGAACGAUACCGUCAACCUGAGGAAAAGCACAAGACAGCACAGGAAAAAAUGUUGUUAGCGACGUUGUAUAAGCAUGCCAGCUAUUCACAAUAUUAUUUGAUACGAUGAUAGGACAGAAUAAAACAGAGAGCAUGUGUUAGUACCAGAGUGGACAUGAGACGCCGGAAAUAUUUUCUAAUAUCAAUAAGUUUUGUAUUCUAAAUACGAUACCUAAGAACGUAUCCUGUAACUGAGGAGUAUACCUUUCGAUGCUAGUAUUGUAUUUAAUGUGUAGAAUCGAGAUACCGCGCGCGCGUAGGGCUUACUUAGCGAGAACAACUUGUACGGCAUUCCUUUGACGUGUCAAAUACUUUCAUCCGCAUGCUGCAGUCGAGAGAACAAGCAAGGGCCUAUUAUUCAUUUGUAAUCAUUUUUUUACGGAAGGGUAACUCGCACACACGCAAAACACUGAAAAAAGAAAGAGCUGUUGUCUUACACGUAUACACAUACACACGCACACACAUGUGAUUGGAGCAUCAGGUGAAACGUUUUAAUGAUAAUGUUUUAACAAACAAUCACUGCUACGAAUAUCUUCCGCUAAUUGUUAUUAAGUUGUACAGGUGUCGUUUUUCAGUCAUGAUGUAAAAUUCUUCUGCGUUCAACGAUGAGUUACCAUAUUUUAAAUAAAUUGUCUUUAAAGCGUAGGAUUAGAGAAUUUUUGGAACAAAAGAGGCGGCGGAUAUACUUUUAACUGGUCUAAAUAAUUCUUAAGACGUUUUUUUUUUUUUUUAAUGAAGUUCCUGCGAAGACGCUUUCAAUCCAUCUGAAAGAUUCAGUCGGACGCCAAACGGCGGAAAGUGUUGCGACGUUACGCAGUGGCGUGCUUUACGCGACCGCGUAUACAACAAGUGAAUCACCGUAUGUUGUCCGACCGCGUACUGUCCGAAUACUAUAAGAAAAAAAAAGAAAAGCUGCUGCUUCUCACGCGUCCAGUUUGAUACACACACACACACAUACACUUAUACUAUGCAUUCAGAAGACUGUGACACGGAUUUACAAACGAAUGUGAUGUGUUAUUUGUAAAAUUUACACGUGUGAAAAUUCGUCCUUUGUAACAUUUUAAAAUUGGCUACGGGUUUUAAGCGCAUUCUGCGUGUACGUGAAACAAUGUAUUUCGUAAAAAUACGACGUAUCUUAAAGGAAUCUUAAGUAUCGAUAUACAUAUAAGAUUUGUCGGAUAACACACACACACAGACACAUUCUCUCUCUCUCUCUCUUUCUCUCUGUCCGAGAAUCCGAAAAGAACGACGAACUUCCCAACGAGAAAACAAUUAUCGCAUGUACAUUAAUUCGGAGAGCAUACACAGUAUUUAGUCCUGCAUUAAUAAAAUAUAAGACGUACAGUAUUAUCACACUUUUUAAUUUUCUACACGAAUUCUAACAUAUCUCUGUACAUUAGCGCGGCUCUGCGACACGAAGAACGAAAGCGAGGGGAGCCUGUAAUCCUUUGUGCGCGCGUCCGAAUUUAUAUAUAUAUAUAUAUAUAUAUACUCGUACACGCAAGUAUACUUUAAAUUGUCCGUGCAUUCGCGACGAAUACACACACACAACACACAUAUACCUGCAUACAUACACAAAGACGAACGAUUCGAACAUUUAUUGCAGAAGGGUAGAUAGCAAGACGAAAUUGUGAACGAUCGGUCAUGUCCAAUGUCACUAUGACAGAAGCUGUCUGUAUUAAUCUGUGAUAAUAGUUAAGAUAUGUCGCCGGCUGCCACUGUAAUACCGCUGUGUGUACCUAUCCACCUGUCCUCUUGCUCCUAUUGUAAUUACUAUCAUCAUUGUUUCUCAUUUCCCCCUCUCCCGCUUCCUGCCUCCUUUCUUCUUUCUCUUCCUAUCUCUCUCUCUCUCUCUCUCUCUUUCACACUCUUUUCUUUAUCAAUCACAUAUUCCCCUUAGAGGCAAUAAAGCGACAUCCUACAAUGUGUAUAUAUUUCUACUUGCCAGUUUUAGUGGCAUAUUCACGAGUAUUUCAAUCAAGCAUAUUCAAUCUUGUUUACUGUUAUACAGUUAUAACGUUGUAAUAUUAUUAUAUACAUACGUACGACCGAGAUAAAUAAAUAGAGAUCUACAUGUAUGUGUCAAAGA